AUGAAGGCAGCUGGUGUCUGAACGUGGCUGUAGCCAUUUGACAGACUUGGUGCGCAGCGGCUGAGGAAAGCCCCGCCCCCACGCCGAAAGCCCGUGCGUCUCCUAGCAACAGCCCUGAGUAGCUGAGGGCCCGCGGCCCUCACUGCAGUCGCCGAAGGUCCUCGCUGUCUUGGAGUUUCUUCGCCCAGGUGGCUGUGGAUCUGGUACGGGAGUUGCCACCGCGGUCCGAGUCCCCGCUGCCACCCUGCGCAUCGGUUUGCAGGAGCGCCGGCGCCCAGUGGUGCGCUGUGCAGCAUGUCGCUGCAUGCGUGGGAAUGGGAGGAGGACCCUGCAAGCAUAGAGCCCAUCAGCUCCAUCACCAGCUUUUACCAGUUCACGAGUGAGUGUGACGUGGAGGAACAUCUGAAGGCCCAGGCCAGGGCCCAAGAGUCCGACUCUGACCGCCAAUGCAGCAGCAUUUCGUCCUCCUCUGAGCCUGCCAGCACCUUCAGCUCCGACGUGCCCCACGUGGUCCCCUGCAAAUUCUCCAUCUCACUGGCCUUUCCUGUGAAUAUGGGUCAUAAGGGAAAAUAUGCAAGUUUGAUUGAAAAAUAUAAGAAACACCCUAAAAUGGACAGCUCUGUUGCAAAGAUGCAUCAUUUUUACCACAUUGAGUAUUUCCUUCUGCCGGAUGAUGGAGAACCUAAAAAAGUUGACAUAUUGCUGUUUCCAAUGGUGGCCAAAGUGUUCCUGGAGUCAGGAGUAAAGACCGUGAAGCCGUGGCAUGAAGGUGACAAAGCCUGGGUGUCAUGGGAGCAGACUUUUAAUAUCAGUGUGACAAAGGAAUUAUUAAAGAAAAUAAAUUUCCACAAAAUCACCUUGAGCCUUUGGAACAUUAAGGACAAGGUGUCAAGAAAAGCUAGAUAUUACCGAUUGAAGACUGCUGGUCUCACAGACAACGUGGGAGCUUUUCAUAAGUCAGAAGUGAGACAUUUGGUUUUAAAUCAGAGGAAAUUAUGUGAACAGGGCAUUGAGAAUGCCAACAUUGUCAGAGAGGAGUGGAGCCAGGAACAUCCGCAAGGAAAACAAGAAAAAGCAGAAAAACACCCAAAGUCUUUGCAAGGUUUUCAACAAGCAGAGCCUGAAACUUCUUCCAAGAACAGUGAGGAAUAUGAGAAGUCCCUCAAAAUGGAUGAUUCUUCCACGGUUCAAUGGAGUGUUUCAAGAACACCAACCAUUUCUUUGGCAGGAGCAAGCAUGAUGGAGAUCAAGGAAUUAAUUGAGAAUGAAUCAUUUAGCAGCUUAAACAUAUUAGACAGACAAAGAUCUCAAAUUAAAGGGAAAAAUUUAGAGGGAAGAAAGAAAAUCCAGAAGAGACAUAAGAAGCCCCCAGCAGAAGAGGAGGCAGACCCCAUGCUGACAGGCCCCAGGAGGCAGAGCGCCUUCUCCAUGCAGCUGGCCCUCAUGCCACUUUUUGCCGGAUGGCAAACUGUCAUGAGUCGUGGCAGUGAGAAGUCUGCCAACAUUUUAGAUUGCCUUUUGACUUUAAAAACAGAAGUUCCGAUUAUGACCGAGGAGCAAAAGCAGGAUUUAAAUCCCCUGAUCAUAAAGAUCAAGUGUGCUUCCUGCCUUCCAUCACAGCCUGUGCCCAUUCAGGAACUAGAGAGGCUGUGCAUGCCCGUGUACUGCAAGUACCAGUUCCAUAAGACUCCAGUUCACAAGACCAAGGGGGAGCCCCAUGGAACCCACGUUCAUUUCCAGGACAUCAAUGUCAUCUUCCUUGGGGUGCUGCACCCCAGUGACCUAAGGGAAUACCUGGAGGGCCCCCCUAUGGUGGUGGAAGUUCACGACCGGGACCAUAAGUCACAGGAGUGUUCUCGGAAGCCUGUGCUGUUUGGGGAGGACCCCCUGGAUUCAUACCUCAAUUUUCAGGCCCUCGUCUCUCCCAGAGAGACAGAGAACAACCCCUUUGAGUCCCAGAACAAGAUGUGGUACCCUCAUGGAAUCGCCCGGGUCAGUUUUGCUGACCUCCUCCUUGGCCACAAGUACUUGAACCUGGCUGUCCCCAUCCACAGCUGUGAGGUUCAGCCCACACAUUGCAGCCAGAACAGUGGGAAGAGGAAGAUUGUAGGGUUUGGGGUCCCAAGAGAUGGCCACCAGCACAGCCCAAUGCCCAUGGGCAACUACCUCGAGGCUAACUCCCAGCUCAAGCUACGAGUGGACAUCGCAGUGCCACUGAGGGCUGGGGCCAGAGCCGUGGAUCCCGACCUCGGGGACUCCCAGUUUGGCCGCAUCAUCUUCGUCUUCGACUGCAAGAAGGUCUCCCUGCUGCACAGCCUGCUGCAGGGCAUCACCAUGAUCAACGCCAAGGCCCUCAGCCUGGACUCCUACCCAAUCAGGACCCUGCAGCAGAUCCUGUCAGCCUUCAAGAUGCGUGUGCGGGUCCAGGAGCAGCAGCACCUGGAUGUGCUCACUGGCUUCCAUCUGCUGGAUGGGAAGACCCACCUUUUUGUCCUGGAAGGCCUGGCCGACCAAGGCUUGAGGCAGCUGUGGGAGAGCCACCAAAGCUGGAUUCCCAGGUCAGAACACGGGAAAUACAAGGUGCUGUACAACUCACAGCUGCUGUUCCACAGCCGGCUCUAUGGGGACCUGGAGGCCAUCCUGUACCAUGUGCACCUCUUCCAGCCCACGGAGCUGCUGAUGCAGCAGGCGGUGCUCUUCCUGCGAGACGUGAAGUGGAGGCAGGUCUUCCAGGCACUGGCCAGGAUCCACGACAUCUGCCAUAACAGCACCACCCUCCGGGACGUGACAGUGAGAGACCUGCUGCCCUCCUCUGCUAUGAUCAAAGACUUGAGCCAAGAGUUUGGGAUGCCCCUUUCGCAAGAAGAACUCACAGAUGAGAAACUGUUUACCCUACCACCUCAGCCCACCCCCAAUCUUGAGGACUACAGUGGUCGGAACUCCACCCUCACCUUAGAGAUCCAUGCCCACCAGGAGAAGUACCUGCAGUGGCGGAGUGCCAUGCUGCUGAAGAACAAAGACAAAAAGCACAGCUUCCUCCAGAAAAAUAUCACAGAAGCCUACCAGGUCAGCAAGAAGCCUCCAAAGUCCAUGGCAAAGGUGAUUAAAAUUACAGCCCCUGCCAACAAGACCAUCUACAACUAUAGUAUUCAGACCCUGAAUUCUAUAGAACUUGCCAAAAAGGAGCUGUAUAAAGAGAUGGCCAAGGAGCCAAGAAAGAGAUUCACGUACUCACAGAAUUACCUCUCAGCCAUGGUGGAGCCCCUGGACUUGAAGGAAGAGGAAAAGCAAGCCCAGAAGAAAUCCCAACAGGCCUGGCUAACAGCCAGGGGAUUCCAAGUGACAGGUCUUCAAGGUGACACUGAAGGCAGCUUUCAGCAUCUCAAGCUGCCACACAUCAAAGAGCUGAAUGAGGAGUGGAAGGAAAACUCCCUGUUUGCUAAUGUACUGGAGCCUGUGUUGGAUCGAGACAGGUGGAGCUGGGACAGGCGCCACGUGGACUUUGAUCUGUACAAGAAGCCACCACCUUUCCUCGAGCUGCCCCCUUCGCCUACACCAAAGUCUGUAACAGGAAGAAGAAACGGAACAGCCUCAUCUCCUAAGCAGCACAGCCUCUCCCAUAGCCUCCCCAUGCAGGGCCUAUGGACACCCCCUGAACUGGCCCAGCCCUCCUCUGCUGGGACUAACAAGGCCCCCCUUACCCGCCCACCCCCUCCCCAACAAUCAAUUUCAUUAAAGUGCAGCAGGACAGAGGCCAGCAGCCAGGCCCUGUGUGAAGCUGGGCAGUGCUCACCUCGUGGUCGUGGUUACGGAGCCCGAUGCGGAUGGAGCGGCUGGCCCGCGACAGUACAGCCGUCAUGCCAUACAGGUUGAUGAGGAUGUUGGCUACCCGCUUCAGCACCAGCUGCUCCUCCCCGAUAGUCUGGGAUCACAGAGACUCUGAGUGGAGACUCACUACCUAAACCAGCCCCCAACAUGGUCCCUCCCAGGGCGGCACCUUUGCCUGUCUUAGUCUCCCGUUUUCCUUGAGAAAGUGGAGCCAGUAACACCUUUCCCUUCAGGUUGCAGGAGAACCGGCUCUUUGGUCUGUUUUCCCUUCUCUUUGGUCUCUAGAUUCAGGGAGGGGGUUAAGGCAUGACCAGGUCCCAGAAACUUGGCUAAGACCAACAGCCAGUGCCUACUGUGCUACUGUCACCUUCGGCAGUAAGAGCCCCACCAAUCAGAUCCCCAGAUUCAGGCCCCAGGUGGUGCUGCCCUUCUGAUUCUAGGGAGCCUCUCUUUACCUGGAAGGUGCACAGAAAAACACAGCAGAAAACUCACCCAACAAGGGUGCCCUCUGAAUAGCUAAGUGGGCCCCAGGACAGGCUGAUAAAGCCAGCCUGACCUCAGCCACCCCAUUCCUCCAGGGUGAUCAAGAUUUCUGUUCUAGGCCUGGGAGGGCCUGGUUACCUUGCCAAAGCGGAGCAGCAGCGUCUCCACGGUCCGGCCGAAGUAGUAGGUGUUCUCCUCUAACUUGUUGGCACUAUCCUAUUAGCCAAGACCGGACUCAGUUCAGCACCUCAUCCCUACCAUGCCCUGUCCUGUCCCACAGCUCAGGUACCAGGCAGAGAUGCCCCAUCUGGGGGAAGCAAUCCAAGGUGUCAUGGACUAGCUGGUGCUCCCCAACUUUCCCUGGAGGAGCCUAGACCGCCCCUACAGUGAACCUUUCUGCCAUGAGAUCUGGCAAGAGGGCAUGCAAGUAGGGGGUAUGCCUUCUGGGCCCACUCACCUCAAGACUGGGGUGCACGACUCCAAGUUUGCCUGUCAGCCCCAUGUCCACGGUUCUGCCCGUGAAGUCCCAAAGCCUCCGGCCAACAGUCUCCAUGACUGUGCUCACACUGGCCCGUUUAAGCUCACUGCAGAAAGUCCGUGGUCCCGUAACUGGAAGCCUUGCUGCUAGUGCUCACUGUCCAGCAACAUGGCCUCCCUGGCCUGGGUAUGCUGGGCCCCUGGCUACAGGCUGAACUCUCCCCACCCCAUCAAUUUCAGGAGAGUAGCCAAUCUCCUCAGGAGUGCCACACGUGUGCUCCCCCAUGAGGGGUGGAGUCACAGCCAGCUUCCCAGUGCCUGUUCCCAGUGCCUGUCCCCCGUGAAGGAGACCAAAUUCUACUAGCAACCUA